UAUGAAAGAACGGAUGAACCACAUUUUUUCUAAACAAUAUUUACUCAUUGUCAUCCACGCUGCUUUUUAAAUUUAUUUCAUGAAGAUUUGGCAAUUAAAACAAUCUCAACUAUAGUAUGGCGGACAAUCUUACCCUCAGCAGCAGUCCUGUGCCAAGCAUUGUCCUCAAUUCUGGUCAUAAAAUGCCAAUAAUGGGGUUGGGUACCUGGCAAAUGGUGUCAAAAGACGGAGAGGACAUUGUGUUUAAAGCAUUAGAUAGUGCCCUCAAGUCAGGUUAUCGAAUGUUUGACACUGCUUCUGCCUACAAGAAUGAAGAAGACAUCGGAAAAAGCUUGAAAAUAUUGUUACCAAAAUAUGGUCUUAAAAGAUCUGACAUAUUCAUAACUAGCAAGCUUGCUCCAUAUGAUCAAGGUCUUGAUACUGCGUACAGUGCGUGUUUACGAUCAAUAGAAAACAUCGGAUACGAAUAUUUAGAUUUGUAUCUGAUUCAUUGGCCUGGAGCAGCGCAACUUAAACGCGAGGAUCCAGUAAAUCUGACGCGUCGAAAAGAAAGCUGGAAAGCAUUGGAAAAGCUUCUUCGCGAAGGUCGUGUGAAAUCGAUUGGUGUAUCUAACUACACUGUGAAGCAUUUGGAAGAAAUGAAAACAUAUAGUACUGUUUUACCGGCUGUUAAUCAAGUUGAGUAUCAUCCUUAUCUUAAUCAGAAAACAUUGCUGAAGUAUUGUAAGGAUAACAACAUCGCAAUGCAGGCAUAUUCAUCUCUUGGUAUAGGCAAGCUUGUCCAUGAUAGUGUAUUUGUCGAUAUCGGAAAGAAGUAUGGUAAAACAUCUGCACAAGUUUUGUAUCGUUGGGCAAUAGAGCAUGAUGUUGCAAUUUUACCGAAGUCGACAAAUUCAAGUCACAUCGAACAAAAUAUGGAAAUAUUCGCGUUCACCUUAUCACCUGAGGACAUGAUAACAUUGGAUAAUAUGGACAAAAAUACACAUUUCUGUUGGAAUCCUAAUGAAGUUGCAUGAGAUUUAUAUUCUUUAUUCAAGAACAUGUUCCGGCAUGCAGUAUCACUGCAGAAUAUAUUUUGCUCAUUGAAUAUUUAGCGUAUUUUUUUGGUAUAUAAAGUUGGUAAUUGGUAGUAUGUACGUGGAAAUUAUGUGGAAAUUAUGUGCAAUGGGUUAUCUGUAAGAAGUAAAAAUUCAAAACUGUACUAAUUUUUACUUCUUCAUGAAAGUGAUAAAAUAUUUUUUAAUAUUUCACGGUUAAACUGGUUCAUUAUUUACUAUAGAAAUGUAAUUAUUCCAAGUUCUUAUUAGCUUAGUAAAGGACAGUAUCACAUUAUCCAAAGCGUUGAAAUAAAUCAGGAAUAAGAAAGGGCCCAGAAUAUAAA